AAAGGUUAGUGGUGUUGGUGGUGGAAGAUUUUGGAGCACAGUGAAGCAUGACGAGGAGUAGAAGUGAGAAGGGUAGCAGGAGCAGAAGCUCGGGGAGCUUCGGAAUGAUUAUGAACUGUUUAUGCUCCGGAGAGCAGUUGAGUGGACCGGAUGAUUUGAUUUUUUCGGAUAGUGAAUCGCUUGCAACCAGGGAUCAUAAGAGUGAGCUUUCGUCGCGUGUAGCUGCCGUUACCAACAAAUCACACACCAAUAUUUUGGAAGCUGAAUCAUCUCUGCGGGAGACUGGUGGUUUGAACUACGAGGAAGCUAGAGCAUUAUUAGGAAGAUGUGAAUAUCGUAAAGGAAACAUCGAACUUGCUUUACAUGUAUUCGAAGGAAUAGAUAUUGCUGCAGUGACUCCAAAGAUUAAAGUCACCCUUGCUAGAGCUGGCGAACAUCGUAGGAGACGUUCUCAAAGUAAUGAUACUCCACCUAUGUCUGUAAAUGCUGUUAGUUUACUUCUGGAAGCGAUAUUUCUUAAAGCAAAAUCACUGCAGAGUCUUGGGACGCUUGAAGAAGCUGCUCGAUCCUGCAAAGUUAUUCUGGACACUGUUGAAUCUUCGUUACCAGGCGGUUUACCUCAAAGCUUUGGCGCUGACUGUAAAUUGCAUGAUAUUGUAAGUCAGAGUGUUGAGUUGCUCCCGGAAUUGUGGAAGUUUGCUGGUUGUCAACAUGAAGCUAUCCUCUCAUACCGACGGUCUUUACUCAGUCAUUGGAACCUUGCUACACAAACUAUUGCAAAGAUUCAGAAAGAGUUUGCCGUUUUUCUGUUGUAUUGUGGAGAUGAAGCAAGCCCCCCAAACCUCCGCUUCCAAAUGGAUAGAUUUACACCGAAAAGCAAUUUAGAAGAGGCUAUUCUUCUGCUAAUGAUACUACUUAGAAAAGUUUCUCUCAAAAGAAUUGAGUGGGAUCCAUCAAUUUUGGAUCAUCUUUCUUUUGCUCUAUCUGUUUCUGGAAAUUCCAGGGCUUUAGCUACUCAAUUUGAAGAAUUGCUACCUGGUUUUAUUAAUCCGGAAGAUAGAUUUUACAGACUAGCUCUCUGUUACUAUGGAGCAGGUGAGGAUUCAGUUGCUUUAAAUCUACUAAGGAAGUUGUUGGGUAAUGGUAUGGAUCCAAUGUGCUUUCCAGCUCUGUUAAUGGCAUCAAAGAUAUGUGGGGAUAACCGUUGUCAUGCAGAAGAAGGGGUAAGCUUUGCACUCAGAUCCCUUGAAAGUGCUGAUGGUAAAUGUGAUAAAUUGAAAAGUACUGCCACUUGUUUAUUGGGCAUAUCGCUUUCAGCACACUCUAAAUCAGCGGUUGGUGAUAGUGAGAGGGUGACAAGACAGACCAAGGCCCUUGAGGCCCUGAAAACUGCUGGGCAAAUGACAGUAAUGAGCGACCCCAUUAUUCUUUACCAUCUCAGCUUAGAAUAUGCUGAGCAGAGAAACUUGGAUGCUGCGGUUGAUUGUGCUAAGCAAAUGCUAAAUCUGGAAGGUGGAUCUAAUGUCAAAGGUUGGUUAUUGCUGACCAGGAUAUUGUCGGCUCAGAGACGGUUUGUGGAUGCUGAAACAAUCAUAGAUGGUGCUUUGGACCAGACAGGUAAAUGGGAUCAAGGAGAACUACUGCGAACCAAAGCCAAACUUCAACUUGCAGAGGGACAGAUUAAACGUGCCAUUGAGACAUACACUCAGCUUCUUGCUCUUCUUCAAGUUCAGAAGAAAAGCCUUGGUUACGGUAAAAGAAGCUUCAAGAGCACCAGACGACAUUUUGAUAGAAAUUUGGAAUUGGAAAUAUGGCAUGAUCUGGCACAUGUCUACAUCAAUCUUGCACAAUGGAGUGAUGCUGAGAUUUGUCUUUUCAAAUCUAAAGCCAUACGUACCUACUCUGCAACUAGAUGCCAUGCCACUGGUGUACUGUAUGAAAAGAAGGGCCUCUACAAGGAAGCUGUGAAAGCUUUUCAAGAGGCUUUGACUAUUGAUCCCUCCCAUAUACCGAGCUUGGUCUCCAAUGCUGUUGUUGUCAAUCGACUUGGUAAUUCAGAAGUAGUUGUCAAAAGCUUUUUGAUGAAUGCGUUAAGUCUUGAUAGGAUGAACCAUUCCGCAUGGUAUAACCUAGGCCUACUUUACAAAUCCCAGGGUACCCUGUCUUCCUUAUCUGAAGCUGCUGAAUGUUUUGAGGCUGCAGUCUUUCUUGAAGAGUCUGCUCCUGUAGAACCCUUCAGAUAAUCAUAUACACACACACUUACACACACAUACAUGUACGUUAAUAUGUAAACCUUUCUUUGCUGUCAUGUUCAAAGUUGAUAGUAUCACCUUAGAUAAUGACAAAAAAAAAGUGAAUAUAGUCACCUAUUUUUUACAAAG